CAGGCUGAGAAGAUGAAACACACACUGGUGGCUGUGCUAUUCCUUGUGCAGGGCAUGAGUGCUCUGGCUGGGACGACACCAGCAGCAGGAGUGAGUGCUCAUCUCAGUACAAUAUAUCUGACUCAGCCUAGGAAUGUGAUUGGCAAAUCGCACACUUCCCCAAAGCUCUUUGCCAAUGUGUCCGGCUCUGUGAAUGAUGAGGGAACCUGUCAGUGCUCUGUGUACUUGCCGGAUACCACCUUUCCAGUGCAGAAGGCUGAGCAACUGGAAAUCAUAGCCACAACGCUCUCGGAGAAGUUUGAGGCAGAGCUUUCUAAAGUCAAGGAGUACUCAAAACGAAUUGAAGUCUAUCAGCAGAAAAUCCUCAAUCUGACCAUCAGAGUGCAGCAAAUGGAGACGGGUGGUAUAUCUUACACAGAACUGGACUUCCAGUUGCUGAAAGUGGAAAUCAGUGACCUAGAGAGACUGGUCACUCAGCUGAAACCCAGCCUUGUUGGAAGCACUGCCAUUGUUGAGCAAAUAUAUUUGGAGAUCACCAAUCUGACUAUACUGGUAAGUGAACUAGAGUCACUGGACAAAAACAAUGUCCUUGCAAUUCGUCGACAAAUUGCGUCUCUGCAGAAGCGAUUGAAAGAGUGUGAAGAGAACGCAACCAAAACUACACCACCCCCUUAUUUCCUACCAGGUACCUGUGUUCACCGUGGACUGAUGAAUGUUAGCCAGCCUUAUGUUGUCAAGCUGAACUGGCGAGGAUUUUCCUACAACUAUGGUUCCUGGGGUAGAGAUUACAAUCCCUCUAACCCAGAGGAGGAAGUCUAUUGGGUUGCACCACUGAACACCAAUGGGAGAUACUUAGAAUACUUCAGAAUUUAUAGUUCCUUUGAUGAUUUGCUGCUCUUUAAAUACACAUAUGAAAGAAGAAUAACAUAUGGGGAAGGAAGUGGUGCUGCCCUUUAUAAAAAUCAUUUGUACUAUCAUGCUUAUUCUUCGAGAUAUAUGGUGAAGUAUGAUAUAAAAACAAACAGGGAGGUUUUGAGGAAGGAGCUUCCAGGUGCUGCUAUUGGUAACCGCUUCUCUUAUGCAGGCGUAGCAUGGCAGGACAUAGAUUUUGCUGUGGAUGAAAGUGGGUUAUGGGUAAUAUAUUCAACUGAAAAUAACGUGGGCAACAUUGUGAUUAGCAAGCUCAAUGAGACCACACUUGAUGUGCUAAAUACUUGGCAGACGAGACAGUAUAAGCCAUCUGUUUCCAAUGCUUUCAUGUUAUGUGGUGUUCUUUACGCCACAAGGCCACUGAACACUAAGAAAGAGGAGAUCUUUUACAUGUAUGACACAAGCACUGGCCAAGAAGGUAGAAUUAGCAUCAUUAUGGAUAAAAAGUUAGAUACAAUCCAGAGUAUUGAUUAUAGCCCCACAGAUCAGAAACUGUAUGUUUACAGUGAUAGUUACCUUGUAAGAUAUGAUGUCACUUUUCAGCCUUAGUACCUCAGGGAUAUAUGCAUAUGACAAAACUGACAGCAGCCAAUAUGAGAGAUCAAAUGGACUUUUAGACAAGGCUACUGCCAGUUCAGAGUUCAUCUGGUCUGAGGUACAGUAUGUGGGGGUGUCAUACAGGUACUUACACUCUUUAAAGGGAUUGCCGGCUCUGAGCACUAAUAUUGCUGGCAGCAGUUGGCACUAUGGGGCUUUUUAGGUUUUGCUUGGCAUUUACUGGUGGUCAGUGUUUUACAGUCGUGUCUCUGGGGGUAGAUUCAGUGCAUAGAUUUAGUGCUUUUUGUUUGCAGAAAUAGCUGGGCUCAGACUAUCUAGUGACUGAGUAGCUAAUUACCCACUGAUUUGCAUUUGUCAGAGUAACACAGGCAAGGCACUCAGAAACAGAAUGAAUUUCCACUGAUCUUUAUCAGAGUGAAAUGAGGCCUCAGAGAAAUUAAUUCAAGGAUUAAAAUAGAUUAGGAAGUAGACUUGGUCGGAAGAUAGCAAUCCAUUUGUAAGUUGAAAUCAGUAGUAUCUGGCUCAAGACUUUAGGAGGGAGGGUAAAAAUGCACUGGGCUGUGUAAGUCCUACCACAGGAAGGGAAGAGAGGGCUUUGUGGAAGGGACUGGGCUCACUGCCCUGGACAGCAGUGAUCCAGUGGGACAGUGGCCCCUGGGCCCCACCUAUAGCUUCCUCCAAGCAGUUCAACACUCUCCCUGGCUGCCACCAUAACAGGCUACCCUAUUGGAGUGCUUGUG